AGUAUAUAAAGUUGAACGUGAUUUGGAAGUGAACAGUCGAAGAAAGGGUACAGUACCCGACUGUGCGUGGUAUAAUUGGAAUUUGUGUCUACCGCGAGUAUAUUUCACGUAAAAGAAAUUCGAAAACCAUGAAGCUGUCGUUCGUUCUCGGAGUAGCGCUUGUUCUCUCGCCGUUGAUCGUGCUGGCAAAAUUUCUUCCGCCCGAGAUCAUAUCGUUCGAAAAAGUUUGUGAGAACGAGACUCUAAAAUUCAAACGGAACGAUCUCAUAGAUUUUAACGAAAUCGAAAUAAUCUCUGAUUCCAUAGAAUGUGUCGUCAUUCGUGCUAGUAUGGUGCAAAAUGCGAACAGGAACUUUGACCGAUUGCCAAAUUUGAAAUACCUCGAUGUUGAUCUAUAUUCUGAUUCACUGGGGUUAAAUUCUUUGGGUAAUCUUACAACCGUCAGAGCACUAAAGUUCCGUAAUACAGGAAAUUAUGACGUCAGAGUUGUAGAGGUACAGAACGAAUAUCCUAAUCUGAAAUAUUUAGAUCUAUCAUCUAACCAAAUUGAAAAAAUAACCAGCGAUGUGAAAAAUCCAUUCCCUGAAGUAAGAUAUUUGAAUUUAUCGUGGAAUUAUCUUAACUCGUUGGAAUUUAACUACAUAUUCUCGAAUUUAUCGCAUCUUGACCUUAGUGGAAACACAUUUAACGAAUUCCAUUGGAACCUCGGUAGGCAGAAUCUGUCGUCGCUGGUGUUAGACAGUAACCAGAUGACCGCUAUAGGUAGUUUUUAUUAUCCAACGGUUGAUUUGACAGACUUUUACAAUUUGGUGAAUCUUUCGAUAGCGGAUAAUAAAAUCCAUACAAUUCUACAGGAUGCAUUUGCAUCUACACCGAACCUUCGUCGGUUGGACCUAUCCAGGAAUUCUAUAAAGUCUUUAAAUUCUAGCACGUUCCAAUAUUUGUCAAAUUUAGAGGUUCUUUUAUUGGAUGGUAAUUUGCUCAGUCUGAUUCCGGAGAUAUCUGCAAACAUAAGCACGCUGUCGUUGAACUGCAACAAUAUAACAACUGUAACGCGUAAUUCCUUGUUGAACUUGAAGACUUUACGAAAGCUCUACUUAGAGGGAGAUAACAUCACGUACAUAGAUGUAGACGCGUUUCAGAAUCAAAUACUGUUAGAAGAAUUAUACCUGGGCGGCAAUCGAUUAAAUUUCUUGCCAAGACUUUGGUGUGCAAAUAUGACGAACCUUCGAUACUUGGACUUAUCAUGGAACAAGUUUACUUUGCUGGAAGCAGUAACAUAUUCGCCUAAUUUUCCGGUAAAUGAGAUCAACAUGGAGGGCAACCCUCUUACGUUCGUACAUUCGUCUACGUUUGAAUCAAUGCCAAAAAAUGUGACAAUUUCCUUGAACAUUGGUUCCGAACAGCUGCCGCGUUUAUGUAACCGCCCUGUCUAAUUUCUCCCGUAUUUCUCCACGUAAUCAUUGUAAUGAAAAAUAUAAUCGUUCGCUAAUACAUCGGUUCUUCUUUUCUCCUCGUUGUCACAGCUCCUUUGGUUGUAUUUCCGUGUACUAAUCGUUUAUCGAGUGUAUCGUACAAAUAUCAGGGAAUAGAGACGCGUUAACAAAGUACGGUACUAUGAGCGGAUUAAAACAGUACCUCUUACAGAACUGCGUGCGUAAUGGUAG